GAGGAGCCCCACACACCAACAACGAGAGAGAUUGAAGUAGUUCCUCGGGGGUUCUUCAGCUCCUUCAAUCAUGUCUUCCUGGAACAACCCAGCCGCCUCAGGCGAGAACUAUAUGCCAACGACCAACCCCUAUGGGAACUUCACAAUAGUGGAUAUUGUCCCCAAAGAGAUCCUUCAUAUGGUGGACCCUCAUUGGUACCAGUAUCCUCCUAUGAACCCUUUGUGGUAUUCGAUGAUUAUGCUGUGGAUGAUCGUAAUGGGAACGCUCUCCCUGGUGGGUAACUUCGUGGCCAUCUGGGUGUUCAUGAACACCAAAUCUCUCCGAACUCCUGCCAACCUCCUCGUCGUUAACUUGGCUCUCUCAGAUUUCAUGAUGAUGUUCACCAUGUUCCCUCCCAUGAUUGCCACUUGCUACUGGCGCACGUGGGUACUUGGUGCCCUGUUCUGCGAGAUAUAUGGCUUCUUCGGGUCAUUCUUUGGUUGUAUUUCUAUCUGGACCAUGGUGCUCAUCACCUUGGACCGUUAUAAUGUCAUUGUUAAGGGAGUGGCUGCUGAGCCUCUUACUUCCAAGGGAGCCACAAUGAGGAUCCUAUUUGUAUGGAUAAUAACUACGGCAUGGUGCCUUCCACCCUUUUUCGGCUGGAACCGUUAUAUUCCUGAGGGCAACAUGACUGCCUGUGGUACCGACUAUCUUACCGAAACCCAACUCUCUCGUAGCUACCUUUACGUGUAUUCCGUAUGGGUGUAUUUCCUCCCUCUCUUUAUCACCAUCUAUUGCUACUACUUCAUUGUCAGCGCUGUUGCUGCUCACGAGAAAGGUAUGCGUGAUCAGGCCAAGAAGAUGGGAAUAAAGUCCCUGAGGAAUGAAGAAUCCCAGAAGACUUCUGCAGAAUGCCGCCUGGCCAAGAUUGCCAUGACCACAGUGGCUCUUUGGUUCAUUGCUUGGACCCCCUACCUGGUUACAAACUGGAUGGGCAUGUUUGCCAAGGCCAUGUUAUCUCCUACCAUGACCAUCUGGGGCUCAGUGUUCGCCAAGGCCAACGCAGUGUACAACCCUAUCGUGUACGCCAUCAGCCACCCCAAGUACCGAGCUGCCCUAGAGAAGAAGCUGCCAUGUCUUGCCUGCAGCACUGAAAAAGACGAUAGUGCAUCCGAUACUUCUUCUGCCACUACCACCGCUGCUGCAGAAAAGACCGAGACUGCUUAGAAUCGUGAGAUCAACUCUGUUUAGACUGUUCUAUGUAAUACAGGUUCAUUAAGUACCUUGAUCCCCUUUCAAAUUAUUCCUUAACAUCCCAGUUACCUACUCCAAUAAACACAGCAUGAUAA